AUGCGACCCUGCGCCAACUGGCCAGUAUGCCCGCCCACGCCCACCGCCGCGCCCCCGGUCACCUCGCCGGCGCGAACACCCCCUCGGCGACGGUCCCAUAUCUUCCCCCCCGGGGCAGGGGCCUCUCCAACGGCCAUACUGGCAGAGGGGGGCUUGCUCUAUAGGCCCCCCCUCUCCAAAGCCCCGGCCCCCCAAGCCCCGGGAAGGUGCCCCCCGCCCCCCCCCCCAAGCCGUUGCGCGAACUGGCGAAUCCGUAAAAUCGCCAUAUCUUCCCCCCCGUGCCCCCCGGGAAGCUGCCCCCCGGGCCUCGCGCCUCGCGCGCCGGCUUCGCCUCCCCUCCACUUUCACCUGCCCUCCACCCCGCCCACCGGUGCGGCCAACUCCCCCGCCGCGCCAACUGGCGCCCCACGCCCCCCUUCCAGGGCCGCGAAGCACCCCCGGCCGCCCCUCGCCCCGGGGCUGGGGGGGGGGGCCCGCCGGCGGCGCAUGGUUGCGUGGGGACCGGCGUGCCGGGGGGGGUCGUACCGCGAGGGUCACCCUGCCAGGGCCCCCACCGUAAGAUCCCCCGCCAUCCCGGCAUCCCUCACGCAACGUGACGCAGCCACUCUGGCGGACCCUCACUCCCUCAGCCCCGGACCGUUGGGCCCGGGUCGCUUCUACACAGACUCACCGACCCCAUUUGGGGUGUAA